GAACUUCAGGAUGGCAUUGGGCGACAGCAAACUGUUGUCAAAACCCUGAACGUCACCGGCGAGGAGAUUAUUGAGCAGUCCUCGAGAGCAGAUGCUAGCGUGCUGAAGGAACAACUGGGAAGCUUGAAUACCCGGUGGCAGGAGCUUUGCAGACAGCUGGUAGAGAAAAAAAAGAGGCUAGAGGAAGAAAAGAAUAUUUUAUCAGAAUUUGAAGACGACCUGAACAAGUCACUUUUAUGGUUGGAGGAAGCAGACCGUGUUGUUGGUAUUCCUCUUCAACCAGGGAAUGAAGACCAGUUAAGAGACUGCCUUGGCAAAGUGAAGUUGAAAGUUGAAGAGCUGCCCCCUCACAAGGCAAUACUGAAGCGGUUAAAUGAAACUGGAGGAAUCGCACUUGGAAGCGCAUCGUUGAAUCCCGACAAGAAACAUAGUCUUGAGAGUAGGCUGAAGGAGGCUAAUCAUCGCUGGCUAAAGGCGUCCAAAGAUCUUCCAGAAAAACAAAAAGAAAUAGAGUUUCUCCUGAAGGAUUUCAUCCAUCUUGAACAUCAGAUAAAUCAGCUGAUACUGUGGGUUACACCUGUCAAAAACCAGCUGGAACUUUACAAUCAAGUGGGUCAACCAGGAGCUUUUGAUAUUAAGGAAACUGAAGCAGCAGUUCAGGCUAAGCAGCCGAAUGUGGAAGAGGUUUUAUCCAAAGGGUGUCAUUUACAUAAGGAAAAACCAGCCACUCAUCCAGUCAAGAGAAAAUUAGAAGACUUGACUGCUGACUGGAAGGCAAUAAACCACUUGAUUCAACAACUAAAGGAAAAGCCAACGUUAGGAGCACCUGGCCUUUUCUCUGCAGGUGUCUUAACUUCUGGUCAAGCUGUUGCUGUGGAUACCCAAAGCGGGGUAACCAGGGAAACGAGCACCUCCCAAGCAGAAAUGCCAUCCUCGGUGCUGCUGGAGCUCCCAGCCCUGGCCGACUUCAACAGGGCCUGGGCAGAGCUCACCGACUGGCUCGGCCGCCUGGACCGCGACAGGGCGUCGCAGAGAGUCACCGUGGGGGAUCCCGAUGACAUCAACGACAUGAUCAUCAAACAGAAGGCAAUACUACAGGAUCUGGAGCAAAGACGUCCCCAGCUGGAUGAACUCAUAACUGCAGCCCAAAAUUUAAAAAACAAGACCAGCAAUCAAGAGACCAGAACAAUAAUUACUGACCGCAUUGAAAAAAUACAGAGCCAGUGGGAUGAAGUGCACGGACACCUCCACAGCCGAAGGCAGCAGCUCCAUGAUAUGCUCAAGGACUCAACGCAGUGGCUAGAUGCUAAGCAGGAAGCUGAGCAAGUUCUUGAGCAAGCGAAAGCUAAGCUUGAAUCGUGGAAAGAAAUCUCCUACACCGUGGAAGCUCUGAAAAAGCAGAACAUGGAGCUGAAGCAAUUUUCCAAAGAGCUACGGCAAGGGCAGAUAAAUGUGGAUGUGGUGAACGACAUGGCGCUGAAGCUGCUCCGCGAUUACUCGGCAGAUGACACGAGAAAAGUGCAACUGAUGACAGACAGCAUUAAUGCAACGUGGGCUACCAUUAAUAAGAGGGUCGGUGAGCGGGAAGGUGCCCUGGAAGCAGCUCUGCGGAUGCUGCAGCAGUUCUACCUGGAUCUGGAGAAGUUCCUUGCCUGGCUCACGGAAGCUGAAACCACUGCAAAUGUCCUGCAGGACGCGACGCACAAGGAGAAGGUGCUGGAGGAGGCCAAGGCAGUGCGAGAACUCAUGAAACAGUGGCAGGAUCUUCAGGCAGAAAUCGAUGCUCAUACUGACAUCUUCCACAACCUGGAUGAAAAUGGGCAGAAAAUCCUGCAAUCCUUGGAAGGCUCCGAUGAUGCAGCCUUGUUGCAGCGACGGCUGGAUAACAUGAACUUCAGAUGGAGCGAGCUUAGGAAAAAAUCUCUGAACAUUAGGUCCCAUUUGGAAGCCAGCACGGACCAGUGGAGGCGUUUACAUCUCUCUCUCCAGGAACUUUUGGCCUGGCUGCAACUGAAGGAGGAUGAGUUGAAACAGCAGGCACCCAUUGGGGGAGAUCUCCCCACAGUGCAGAAACAGAAUGAUAUUCACAGGACGUUCAAGAGGGAGCUGAAAACCAAGGAGCCUGUUAUCCUGAGUGCGCUGGAGACCGUGCGAAUGCUCCCAGCAGAGCAGCCUCCCGAGGGCCUGGAGAAGCCCCACCAAGAGCCAAGAGAGUUAUCACCUGAGGAAAGGGCACAGAAUGUCGCUAAACUUCUCCGGAGGCAAGCAGAUGAGGUCAAAAUGGAGUGGGAUAAGCUGAAUAUAAAUUCUGCUGAUUGGCAAAAGAAGAUAGAUGAUGCCCUCGAAAGACUGCAGGGGCUUCAAGAAGCAAUGGAUGAACUGGACCUGAAGCUGCGCCAGGCUGAAGUGUUCAAGGGAUCCUGGCAGCCAGUGGGCGAUCUGCUAAUUGACUCUCUGCAGGAUCACUUAGAAAAAGUCAAGGUCUAUCGAGCAGAGCUCGUGCCCCUUAAGGAGAAGGUGCAUCACGUCAACGAGCUGGCGCGCCGCCUCGGCCCCGCCGACGUUCAGCUCUCCCAGUACAAUCUCAGCUGCGUGGAGGACCUGAACACGAGGUGGAAGGUGCUUCAGGUGGCCAUUGACGAGCGCAUCAGGCAAUUGCAUGAAGCUCACAGGGAUUUUGGCCCUACUUCUCAGCAUUUCCUUACCACCUCUGUCCAAGGCCCCUGGGAGAGGGCCAUCUCGCCGAACAAAGUGCCCUACUAUAUCAACCAUGAGACGCAAACCACCUGCUGGGAUCAUCCCAAAAUGACUGAGCUUUACCAGUCUUUAGCUGACCUGAACAAUGUCAGAUUUUCGGCGUACCGAACUGCCAUGAAGCUCCGAAGGCUGCAGAAAGCCCUUUGCUUGGAUCUCCUGAGUCUGUCUGCUGCAUGUGAUGCCUUGGACCAGCACAACCUCAAACAAAAUGACCAGCCAAUGGAUAUUCUGCAGAUCAUUAACUGCUUGACCACGAUUUAUGAUCGRCUAGAACAAGAGCACAACAACCUGGUCAAUGUUCCUCUCUGUGUGGACAUGUGCCUCAACUGGCUGCUGAAUGUCUAUGACACGGGGCGAACAGGAAGGAUCCGUGUCUUAUCUUUCAAAACUGGUGUUGUAUCCCUGUGUAAAGCACAUCUGGAAGAUAAGUACAGAUACCUGUUCAAGCAGGUGGCCAGUGCCACRGGCCUGUGUGACCAGCGGCGCCUGGGGCUGCUCCUGCACGACUCCAUCCAGAUCCCGCGGCAGCUCGGGGAGGUGGCCUCCUUCGGCGGCAGCAACAUCGAGCCSAGCGUCCGAAGCUGCUUCCAGUUUGCCAACAACAAGCCSGAGAUCGAAGCCGCCCUGUUCCUGGACUGGAUGCGGCUGGAGCCGCAGUCCAUGGUGUGGCUGCCCGUGCUGCACAGAGUGGCUGCUGCCGAGACGGCCAAGCACCAGGCCAAGUGCAACAUCUGCAAGGAGUGCCCCAUUAUUGGAUUCAGGUACAGAAGCUUAAAGCACUUUAACUAUGACAUCUGCCAAAGCUGCUUCUUCUCCGGMCGUGUUGCAAAAGGUCAUAAAAUGCACUAUCCCAUGGUGGAAUACUGCACACCAACAACUUCAGGAGAAGAUGUCCGUGACUUUGCCAAGGUACUAAAAAACAAAUUUCGAACAAAAAGAUAUUUUGCAAAGCACCCACGAAUGGGCUACCUGCCUGUGCAAACUGUCUUGGAGGGAGACAACAUGGAAACGCCUGCCUCGUCCCCUCAGCUUUCACAUGAUGAUACUCAUUCACGCAUUGAACAUUAUGCUAGCAGGCUAGCAGAAAUGGAGAACAGCAAUGGCUCUUAUCUAAAUGACAGUAUUUCACCUAACGAAAGCAUUGAUGAUGAACACUUGCUAAUCCAGCACUACUGCCAAAGUCUGAACCAGGAAUCUCCCUUGAGCCAGCCCCGGAGCCCAGCACAGAUCUUGAUUUCUCUGGAGAGUGAAGAAAGAGGGGAACUAGAGAGGAUUCUGGCAGAUUUGGAGGAGGAAAACAGAAACUUGCAAGCAGAAUACGACCGGCUGAAGCAACAGCACGAUCACAAAGGCCUGUCCCCACUGCCGUCCCCGCCCGAGAUGAUGCCGGUCUCGCCGCAAAGUCCUCGGGACGCCGAGCUCAUUGCAGAAGCCAAACUGCUGCGGCAGCACAAGGGCCGCCUGGAGGCCAGGAUGCAGAUUCUGGAGGAUCACAACAAACAGCUGGAGUCCCAGCUGCACAGGCUGAGGCAGCUGCUGGAACAGCCACAGGCAGAUGCCAAGGUGAAUGGAACCACACUGUCCUCUCCUUCUACCUCCUUGCAGAGGUCAGAUAGCAGUCAGCCAAUGCUUCUUCGUGUCGUUGGCAGCCAGACUUCAGAAACCAUGGGUGAGGAUGAGCUGCUCAGCCCUCCCCAGGACACAAGCACAGGCUUGGAGGAGGUGAUGGAGCAGCUUAAUAACUCCUUCCCRAGCACCAGAGGCAACAAUGUAGGGAGCCUUUUCCACAUGGCGGACGACUUGGGAAGAGCAAUGGAAACCUUAGUUACGGUGAUGACUGACGACAAGGUGUUAGAAUAGCAAGAUGUGUUUUACAACUUCAGGCGUCCCGCAUGGUUUUUAUAACAUUCAUACUACAAAGAGGAUUAGACUGUAAGAGUUUACAAGAAAACAAAUCUAUAUUUUUGUGAAGGGYAGUGGUACUAUACUGUAGAUUUCAGUAGUUUCCUAAGUCUGUUACUGUUUUGUUAACAAUGGCAGGUUUUACACGUCUAUGCAAUUGUACAAAAAUUAUAAGAAAACUACAUGUAAAAUCUUGAUAGCUAAUAACUUGCCAUUUCUUUAUAUGGAACGCAUUUCGGGUUGUUUAAAAAAAUUUAUAACAGUUAUAAAGAAAGAUUGUAAACUAAAGUGUGCUUUAUAAAAAAAUAAUUGUUUAUAGAAACCCCGUUAAAAAAAAAACACAAAAAAAAUGCUGAGGCAGUGCAUUUGUUUAGCAUCAUUUCAGCUCUGUAACUGCAGCAGAGAGAGAUUCAUGUUCUGUGUUCUUUUCCUUGCUAAUCAAAAAAAAUACCAAGUAUUUCCUUUUGGCAACACCGAAAGGGCCGACUUGCAUCAUUUCUUGUCGUUUUUGUCUGGCUAGGGCUGGCUUAAAAAAAACAAUUCUCCUGGACUUCCAAGGAAGGUAGUUAUUUCACCUCUUUCCAAUAAAAUUGAGAAUUACAUCGAUCACAGAGCUAGUCUGCAAUAAUUAAGCAAAAGAGCACAUUACAUGACAGCCUGCAAAAAAUAGUAAUAAUAAUCAAAAAAAAAAAAAAAAAAGGAAAGGAAGGGAAAGGGAAGAAUUUAGUGACUAUUCUGUGCACAGUCAGCUGACAAAGUUCCUGAAUGUUAUUAGUAAAGAGCAGUAGAAGUUGCCUUACGGAUAGAGCCCUUGCAGCCCGGUGCCCACUCACGGGCACGGAGCGCRGCCCUGCCCUGCCCUCGUGGGCGCUGCAGGUUUCCACGCUGCCUGUCCCGGCCUGCUGGAGCCGCGGGAUGUUCCCAUGGGAGAUUCCCGGCUGCCCCUGCCGGCACGCAGCAAGUGCUGCCCAGGGCAGAUGUUCAAUAUCGCGACACGAGCGCUGCCCGUUGCAGACGUUCAGCGUCGUGACAGGCGCACUGGCACCGUGUCCGUYGCCGCCUCUCUCUGCCCGAGAUGCCGCACAGUUAACAGGGAAGCAAGGGAGGGAGAAGCGGAUAGAAAAACAGGUUAUUAGCCAGUUCAAYUGCAGCUCGUAAGAGGUAGGCUUAGGUAAGAGGUGCUGUCAGCAAAAGCUUUACCACUUCAUUUCCUUUACCAGCUUUUCAUUUUAUCCUAGAACACAUAGAGACACACCAUCUAACUUUAUAUUGCAAGAGUAAAAAUCUGUUACCUCUUCUUGUAUGAAGUGUAAUUAAACCUGGGAAAGAUUUUAUUUUGAAUGCUAGUUAACAUUGAACAUGGCUAGUCAUGCUAUUUCUACCUCACUUUGGUUUUGUGGUGUUCCUGACAAUUACAUACAGAUAAUGUAACAUCUUCACCACUCGUCCAUUGUGUGAACAGGUCUCAUCAUUUAAAUAAUAAGGAUAAUAAUUCACAGAAAGUCAGUACAAUCCCCCCAAGCAUCUGCUUUCACAGUAAGGAGCUUUUUUAACACCUUAUGACAGUAGGAACCCUGUGCAUUUCUCAUGGUCUUUUUUUCUUUUUAUCAGAAGGUUUAAAUUGAGAUCUGAGAAAGGGAUGGGUUUCUCUUUUUUUUUUUUUUUUUUUUCUCUUAUGUGUUGAACUUUCUCUUCAGAAAAUUGGAGGAAAAUGGGUUGCACGGUUGUUUUCAUCAGGAUUUCGUUUGUUUUUCUUUCUAGAUCUUAGUUUUGGAGUGAGUCUGUCAAAAAUAUUUAAAAAGUUGAAAGCUUUAUCGCUGCUUUUUUAAGCAUAAUUUGGGACUUAUUUCAUAUUCCUUAUAACAACCAAGUAUUAAACUGUAAAACAUAAUCAGUGUAACUGAAUACAUAAAUACCAUAUGGCAUGUUAUUUCAUUGUUAGUACUGGUUUAUUACUUGGAUAUCAUAAUAUAUUGUGUUUUAACACCAACACUGUAACAUUUACUAAUUAUUUUUAUAAACUUCUGUUCUACUGCAUUUUUCACAACAUAUCAAAUUUCACCAAAUAUAUGCCUUACUAUUGUAUUAUAUACUGCUUUA